AUGCCUUCUUAUGUCGUCGCUGGUGCUUCUCGCGGUCUGGGGCUGGAAUUUGUUAUCCAACUUCUCCGCAGGGAUCAUACCGUAAUUGCGCUCGUACGCGACCCUUCGUCCGCAACCGGGCUCCAAGCUAUCGACAACCCCAGGCUGCACAUUUUGAAGGCAGACAUCACGGAUGCUGCAUCAGUAAAGGCAGCCGCAGAAGAGACCGCAAAAAUCACCGGAGGAUCGCUGGACGUUCUGAUCCACAACGCUGUAUAUCGCGAUCCUGCACGCACUUUCCAUAACAUAGUGCAAUUUCCCGACACUACCACCCUCCUCGAGAACUUCAACGGAAACUGGACCACCAACGUCAUCGGCCCCAUCAUCACCACGGACGCCUUCCUCUCUCUCCUCCGGCAGAGUAACCUACCCUGCGGAGAAGGGAAGAAGAUUGUAUUCAUCUCUUCGGGGUUGGCGGAUGUGGGGUUCAAUAGGGAGACGGGCUAUGGGGGACAUGUAGCGUAUAGUGUGAGUAAGAGUGCGCUGGAGAUGGUUUGUGUGAAGUACGCGCUAGCCUUGAAGGACGAGAAAUUCGUCGUUUUGAGCGUAUCUCCAGGUCUUGUGAAUACAGCUACUGCUCCUCGUAAGUUUGCCCCAUUCACGGGCCAGUCUCUCCCCGCUAUCAAAUAG